UGAGGUAUGAUGCCAAGGCGAUUGGGUCUGGCUCGGAGGCGGCACAGAGUGAAGCUGCAGGAUAAAUGGCACAAGCAAAUGACGCUGCAAGAAGCGAGGACGCUGACGCUAAAAGUGUUGAAGCAGGUCAUGGAGGAAAAGCUCGAUCAUCACAAUGUCCAGCUUGCUCAGGUCACCCCUGCCAAUGGCUUUGAGAUUCUCGACGAAGCAGCGUUGAAGAGUGCGAUUCAAUUAAUGUAAUAGUCUAUCAGCCAGUCUUUGUCGUCGUCUAGCAUGUAAUCUGUUCAAUGCCCGUCUUUCCCUGUCUAGUUUCUCCUUUUUCUGCCUUUCUUUCUGCUGCUACCCGUUCUCUCUCCGUGAGGAAGGCGUCGUGCGCCUUUUUGGCGAAGAGUGCGCGGCGAAUCUUGCCUGGCCGGGCGCGGAGGCGGCGUCUGUUGAGAUGGCUCCAGUCUUCGCCGAUACCGACUUCUGAGCCGUAUAUGGGGCGAUUCUUGGCUUCUGCUGCUGCACGAGCGGCGGCGCUCUGCUGGGCGAGCUCUUUCGCGUAUUCUGGUGUAUAUUUCCAGACCCAGGUUGUUAUGGGCUGUACAGGUGUCUACGUCUUUGCUCUUUUUGCCCUUUUUCUUCUUUUGGACGAUGGGAGCGGCGAUGGUGCUGGGUUCUGGGAUGCGGAGAGAUUUGACGGGUUUUAUUUCGUGGUUUAGCUGGAGGAGGGGGAGCAGGGUUGUUUUUAGGAAUCUGUGGUUUGUUAGAAGAAUCGAAUAAAUAUUGAAGAUAGGACAGUACGAGAGGGACUUUACGCCGACCCACUUUUUCUCAGGCAGGUCCUUGUUGGCUUUCUCCCUUUCCUUGAUAGCGAGAAAUAGCUCCCUUUGUGGUUAGACCCUGAGUACGCGUCACUCCGGACGACGCCCCGGAUAGCACCCAGUCCCGCGAGUGAGGUCGACGUUGCGCCGGGCGUGAACCCGUGCGAGAGUUUCGAUGAUCAUCGUGGACGAGAAAGACCCGGGGGAGAU